AUGGUUAAAGGGACAACGGCUUACUGCUCUGUUAUUGAUGUAGAAGGGCUUAUUUCAAAAGGUUCGUCUUCUGUCAAAUUGGGGGAAGACAGUGCUGAGAAUCCGAUUCGUAACGUAGAAGGAAAAAUAAGUAAUCCAAUGAUCACUUGCCAUCGAAAGCACGACGAGCCACUGAUAUUAUGCUUCUCUAUCCUCAAAAGUGAGAAAAUAUUGAAGACGGCGAUAAGUUAUCAGCCAGGUGGUACGCCAAGGGUAAUUGAAGAUAAGGAGAUCCGCGUACCACAUGUAAUCGUCGGUAAAGAGAGUGUAUCAAUAGCGUCAUACAACUCGGAAGACAAUGAAGAUAUACUAGCGGAAGAAUACAAAUCCUAUGUUUCGAACUGCAUGUACAUGGACACAGGCGAAUUCAUUCCGGGAGUGAUUCUUAGGAGUGACUUGUUGACAACAACAACAACAACAACUUCGACAACUAGUCUCAUAACCACAUUAGAUGUUCUUACCACGAACCCAACAAUGCUGAAAGAAGACGGCAAUGAUACAACAAUGCCGAUUCCCAGUUCCUCCUCACCCACUGAACUUGCUAGUCUGGAAACGAACACGACAGGGAUAUCGGACUCCACCGAACAGGUGCUGUCACCUAUAGACAAUCUAUCGGAUGCAACUCAUAUCAGCAAUGAUACAGAACCGACUAUUUUCAUUGAAGUAACAUCUGCAUCUACUAUCAAUAAUGAUACGAUAUCAACCCCUAUCACCAAUGAUACGAACACCAUAUCUGACCUCGGCAGGGGAACGGAAGCAACGGAGACAGCAGCAACUUGGCAGCCAAUUGUAACCACUAAUGAGACGGAAACAGCCAUUACUACUGCUGAUGACGAAGAUUAUGGUAAUAUUGGUAAUGCGACUCAAACAAUGGAUAUGUGGGCUCAAGGACUUCUGCAAUUGAGCAGUGAAAGUCAAGAGGAGACGACUGUUCACAAGAAGACGACUACUGGAGCUGGUAAUUUGACUAACUGGACAAGGGAAUUUGUUGAUAAAUGUAGUGCAGCAGCAGGGCUCAGUCUGGGUCAAUCAAUGGUGGGAUUUUUGACCACAGUUUUGACAGUGUAA